AUGUCUUCUAAGUCAUCAACUAAGAAGAAGCUGGCGUCAACACCAGACCCCGCAAAUCAACCCAUAUCAAAGAAAAUAAAAGUGCCGAAAUCGUUCAUUGUCCGUCCACAUACAUCAUCGCCUACUAAAUCCAAAGCCAUUGCCAAUGCCUACUUGAGCUCCGAAGUUUUUGAAGCGUUGGAGUUGAAUUCGAAGGAUUUCGUUUACAUCAGUCAACUCAAUGGCCAACCGGGUAUAAUAGCUGUUGCUGUCCUGUCCAACGACAUUCCGGCGAGAAACGUAAUUACUUUAUCGAAUAGUUUUAGGCGUCUAAGUGGGCUCCUAUUGGGAGAUAGAGUCAACGUGGAAAAGUACAAUGGACAGCCACCUUAUGCACUGAGUGUGGUUGUCCAUGGAGAUAUGGAACCAGAAGCAAAAGUGGUAUUGGAUGAAAUAGGACUUGUUUACCCUGGCCUUAAAGUUGAAAAUGACAAAGGUGGGCUUACAAUCAUUGACAUACAGGGUGGUAUCGACUCAAAGAUGAAGGAGCUCACGAUAUCAGACACGGAAAGUCAAUCGCGUACGGUUACCCCUGCAUAUAUUUUCUCACAACAAACUACAGUUGAAAUUAGCAGCCGAACGGAACCAACAGUCUCGAAAUAUCCCCUUCUACCCCGACCCCCAACAUUUUCUCAAGUCGGUGGUCUUGCCAAACAAACGAGUUUACUACAAUCAACAAUUGAACUUCCCUUGCACAAUCCAACUUUGUUUUCUGAUUUCGGGAUAUCACCACCUAGAGGUAUAUUGCUCUAUGGCCCACCAGGUACAGGAAAGACAAUGCUUCUUCGAUGUGCAGCAAAUGAUAUCAAUGCACACAUACUAACCAUAAAUGGUCCUUCUAUUGUAUCCAAGUACUUGGGAGAAACUGAAAAUGCUAUUCGAGAGAUAUUUGAAGAGGCAGCACAAUUCCAACCAUCCAUCAUCUUUAUGGACGAGAUCGACUCACUUGUUCCAUCACGUAAUUCAGACGAUUCAGGAGAGACUGAGAGCCGUGUGGUUGCGACGUUAUUGACAAUGAUGGAUGGAAUGGACAAUAGUGGGAAAAUAGUUGUUGUUGGUGCUACUAAUCGACCUAAUGCGAUAGACAUUGCAUUACGCAGACCGGGCCGGUUCGAUCAAGAAAUCGAAAUUGGUAUUCCUGACGUUGAAGCUAGACAAGACAUUUUGCAAAAACAGUUUGAUAAAAUGAACAAGAACAAGUAUGACUUGACUGAGGAAAAUAUAGUAUUGGUCGCAGCAAAGACUCACGGAUAUGUUGGUGCUGACUUGACUGCAUUGUGCAGAGAAGCCGUAAUGAAGGCUAUAAAUAGAGGCUUGGCUAAUGGUACACAACAGGAAAAUAUCAAAGUCACAUUGGACGAUUUGUUUGAAGCAUUGGGCGAAAUACGCCCAUCAGCAAUGCGGGAAAUCUUUUUGGAAAUGCCAAAAGUGUACUGGUCCGAUAUUGGUGGGCAAGAGGAAUUGAAAAGGAAACUUGUUGAAGUUGUACAAUUGCCAUUGGAAGCAUCAGCCUCGUUUGCCAAAUUAGGAGUCAAUGCUCCCAAGGGUGUGCUUUUAUAUGGUCCACCGGGUUGUUCCAAAACACUUACGGCGAAAGCGCUUGCAACCGAGUCGGGUCUAAAUUUCUUGGCGAUCAAGGGACCAGAGAUUUUUAAUAAAUAUGUGGGGGAGAGUGAACGAACGAUUCGGGAGAUUUUCCGAAAGGCUCGAGCUGCUGCCCCAUCAAUUAUAUUUUUGGAUGAGAUCGAUGCUAUUGCCAGUGAUCGUGAUGGCGAUGGAGGUGGAACCGCUGCAUCAAAAAAUGUAUUGACUUCGUUGUUGAAUGAGAUUGACGGUGUUGAGGAAUUGAAGGGAGUUGUCAUUAUUGGCGCCACGAAUAAACCAACAGAAAUUGAUUCCGCUUUGCUUAGACCCGGUCGAUUAGAUCGUCAUAUAUAUGUUGCUCCACCUGAUCACGACGCCAGGUUGCAAAUAUUGACCAAAUGUUGCCGCAAAUUUGAUUUGGUUGAUGUAGAUUUGACAAGAUACGCCAAGCUUACUGAAGGUUGCUCCGGUGCUGAAGUCACUUUAUUGUGUCAAGAAGCUGGCUUAAAUGCAAUAAUGGAGAAUCGUAAUGCGCAACACGUUGAAAAUAAACACUUUGAGCAUGCGUUGCAGGGGAUUUCUCGUGGUAUUACUCAAGAUAUGUUACAAUAUUAUAAAGACUUUGCCAAUAGGGCGGGACUAAAUAUUUGA